CAGCAAUGAAACCGAUCUAUUUCAUACUUUUAGUCUCUGUUUUCAUUAAACAAGUCCCCUGUAAAUCUCACUGCGUUGGUACCUGCUAUUCUGGACGACUUUUCCCAGAGGCCCAAGACAUCUUCCAUGGAAAACAUCUCAAAGGAUACUCCUACAACAACAUCACCACUGAUGAUCCAGCCAAGUGCUACCAUCAUUGUGUCCAAGAUUGUCGUUGUAAGUCGUGUCAGAUGAAAAAUAGAAGAUGUGAGUUGCUGGAUGAGGACAGGACUUCCAUAACCUUGACAGAUGAGCCAGGAUACGUGUACUUUGAUCUCAAACAGACGAUGUACCAAGGGGCCUCCAACAUGAUACCUUCUGGAGUUCAUCAGUGCUAUAAUGGCUGUUGUCGAUCUCAGCCUUGUAUGAAUGGAGGGACAUGCAARGAACUUUGCCGUACACCAAAAGAAAAGUUCACUUGCGAAUGUGGAAAUAGAUUUAGAGGAAACGUCUGCGAAACACAAAUAUAUUCAUCUUGCAAAGAUGUUGUAACUCGGUUGAGUCCGAAGAAGUCUUUGAAAGGCGUUUAUUUUAUAAGACGCACAGAUUCCAAAAACAUAAUUCGGAUCUACUGUCACUUUGCCAAAAACAAAAACCGAUACUGGACUUUAAUCGAGUCUUUUUCCUUAAAGAACAACUAUUUGUUUAAAGCGAAGCCGUUCUAUGCUAACUACAGUAUAAAUCAAGACAGGCCUCUGAACUGGGAUGCCUACCGUUUAAGCCUGGAUGACAUGAAGUCUUUUCGUUCAAGCUCUACCUUGUUCAGAGCUACGUGUGACUUUCCACUUAGGAAUGCAUUUGAGUCUGAUUUUGUGAUUGGGCAUUUGAAAGAAGUCGAUAUUAUGGAUGACACGAAGGUCUUGGGAUGCAAAAGGUAUGGCCACAUCAACAUUAGAGGGUACAAUUGUUCAGCCUGUACUGCUUUCACUGCUCAUUCAAACGAUUGGCACUUCCACAUCGAUGUGACCCAUAAUCGAUGCGAUUUUAAACCUAAAUACACUAAAUACAGCGUGGAUAGCUUUGGACAAUAUGAGCACACUGAGCAAGAAUCAAAAUGCACUGCAACACUCCAGUCUACCACACAAUGGUGGUUAGGAGAAGAGAAAUAAUCAAAAUACACUGCAACACCCCAGUCUACCACACAGUGGUGGUUAGGAGAAGAGAAAUAAUUAAUAAUCAAAACUGUACACUGCAACACCCCAGUCUACCACACAUUGGAUAUAUUUCCACGUACAGCUUAAAUCAUUUUAUAAUUAUUAAUUAUUUCAUAAUUUGUUAUUAUUUGUUAUUGGUGAAUAUUCGUCAGGAUGUAGUCAAGACAUAAUGCAAUUGCUGCUUUUACUGCUGAACGAGUGUUGUUUUUCAUGUAAAGACAAAAAACAACAUUAUAAUUGAAUAAUUGCCUAAUAAAAUAUUAAUGACUUCAAAUAGAGAUAACUAGUUCAGUAUCGAGAAAAAUCUAUAAUUGGAAGGAAUCUCAUCAUAGUCGGUUAAUUAACUUUCACAUCUUUGGGGGAAUGUUGUU